AUGUGUGGAGAUAAUAUAAGAAUGAAUAGAAAUUAUUUUCUCGCUGGAAUGUUUUCCAUUCUAUUGGGUUUAUUUCUUUUAGUAUUUUGGGAAAACAUACAAGAAAAAAUUGCAUCAGAGAAAUUCAAACUAUCAGAAACUUCUAAAACCUACGAUCCUUGGGUUGAAUCAAGAGUACCAAUUUAUGUUCAAUAUUAUUUUUUUAAUUGGACGAAUCCCACAAAUUUAAAAAAUGCUUCCUACAAACCCCAGUUUGAGGAAGUUGGGCCCUACAAAUUUUGGGAAAAAAUUGAAAAGGUGAACAUAACUUGGAAUAAAAACGGUACCGUAACUUAUAGACGAAUCCGCAGAUGGUACUUUGACAAGAAUGGAUCAAAAGGUAGUCUCAGCGACAAGAUUACCACCAUAAAUGUUAUAGCUCUUAUGGCGGCAAACAUGGUAAAACCUAUGCCAUCGCUAGGUAGAUUAGCCUUAAGUAUGAUGAUAGCUAGCACCCAGAACAUAUUUGUCAAAAAAACAGUUUCUGAAUUUUUAUUCGAGGGAUAUUUUGAUCCUUUACUAACCGCCGGUCGAGGUUGGCCAACGACAUCUUCAAAGGUUCCAUACGACAAGUUUGGAUGGUUUUACAAGAGAAACGGAUCUCAAACUUUCGACGGAGUGUAUACCGUGCAAACAGGUGAAAACGGAAUGGAAUAUUUUGGUUCUGUGACUUUAUGGAAUUAUAAAAAUCAUACUGAAUUUUACGAAGGAAGUUGCGGAGAAGUAAAAGGUUCUGGAGGAGAAUUUUGGCCGUGGAAAAUAAAAAAAAAUACCGACAUAUAUUUGUUUUCACCAGACUUAUGUAGAUACAUACAAUAUAAGUAUUCGCACGAAGUAAGAAUCAGUGAUGUGAACGGAUUUAAAUACGUGGCAGAUUCAAAUUUAUUUGAUAACGGUACAAAUGUGACCGGAAAUGAAUGUUUUUGCAAUGGUCAAUGUCUUCCAUCUGGGGUAUUGAACAUUAGCACGUGCCGGUAUGGAGCUCCUGUUUUUACAUCGUAUCCGCAUUUCUACAGAGCAGACAAGGCAUAUUUAUCUGCCGUAAACGGACUAAAACCGAACAAGAGUAAACAUGAAAAUUACGUAGCCUUGGAACCGACUUACGGGAUACCUCUUGAAAUUGCUGCACGCAUUCAAAUAAAUGUUCUUGUGAAACCAAACCCUUUCAUAGCGCUUCUAGACGGUGUUCAACAAGUAAUAUUUCCUGUUUUUUGGUUAGAUCAAAAAGUUAUAGUUCCCUCAGAAAGACUUGUUGAAAUUCAACUUUUACUCAUAUUACCCAAAGCUAUUUUUGCUGUGUCAAUAACAUUGAUUUUUCUAGGAAUAUUAUCCAUUUUUUUAUUCAGUUGUCGGAAAUCGAGGCAAACCCGAAAGGAAUUGAAUUUGAUCAAGCACAGGUUGACAACAUUGUUUUCGGAAAACCGUUCAAACUAA